UUUUAUGCGCUUUAAACUUUAGGAUUAGAACUCGAGACCGAAGCCCGAAGGAAGAAAGGUCGACGGUCCGCCGGCGCACUCGCAAACAGCAGCAGCGCACCGCAGCGCAGGAAGAAGGAUUUGGUCCAAACAGCAGCGGCAUUUGUAAACAACCGAACGUUGCUUUUUUUGUAUUUACGUUCUCCUUUACCCUGGAUCGCGAAUGACUGUGUGUUGGAAGACGCCUUCUGAAGAUAUUUAAUCUUUUCUCUCAUUCUAGGAUAGCCAUUGAAGUAUGGAGAGCCCAAACACCUCUUAUUACUUACUACGCUGGAGUGAUCACAUUUCAAAUUAUGCUGAAAUGUUUUUAACUCUGAGGGAGCAGGAAGAAUUUGUUGAUUGCAGUAUAGCAUGUGAGGAUGGAAUUGUAGGUGCCCACAGAUUGGUGUUGGCAGGAUGCUCCUCAUACAUACGAGAUCUCUUUAAGCGCUCAAGUAACCCACAUCCAAUCAUCUUUUUACUUGAUGUGUCAAGGUCAACUGUACUUCUUUUAAUGGAGUUUAUUUAUAGAGGGCAAGCUCAUAUACCUCACAGUCGACUCCGACAGCUUGUUACAUUGGGCAAAGCCUUGAAGAUCAAAGGCUUAUCGCAGCAGGCCAAAUGGAGGUACCCUUCUCAAUAAUAGUGGCCAGGGAAGUUUUAUUGCUACCCCACUACCCUCUGAAAAGGAUUUUCCAGCUACUGAUAGCACUCGCAAGGCUGUGAAUCACAAAGACAAAUCAGAUAAUUCUCGGAAGGAAAAUCAUAACAUGUCAGGAAUAAAUAACCAUAUUGAUGAAGAUGUAUGUAGUAUAUCAGAUGAAUUUGAAGAUGAUAGUGAGGAAAGUUUUGAGGAGAGAUUACUUGAAGAAAACAGUAAAAGCAUUUCUGAGAAGGUAGCAGUAAGUCAAACUAGCAAAAGUCCAGAAGCUAACUAUAUCCCUAAACCCAAGAGUAAGCAGUGUAUACAAGAAAAGCUUCCUAAACCAGGUUCUCAGAGUAAGGAAAAACCUCUAACACCCACAAGUAAGCAGAAUAUAGAAAAGUUGCCAAAACCUCAGAACAAGAAAAAUUUUGAAGACAGUCCAGCGAAGGCUAAAAAGCGAUUAGGUUUUGAUCAGUCAGAAAGCCCAUCAAAAGCAAAGAAGAAAUUGAAACCAUACCAUUCUGCCAGUCCAAGUAAAAAAAAUAGGGAAAAUAGUGAAUCAAAGGAAGAUAGAAGAGCUAGUCCAAGAGUUAACAAGAAGAAAAAUUCUCAACCGCAUCAAAAAGUUAAACCCCCAGCUUACAAGAUAAAGAAAAUCCCACUUCAAGUACAGAGUAAACUGUAUGGCCGAAAACAAGCAAAAAUAGAACUUGCUGCCUAUGCACUCAAAUAUGGAUUUGAAGCUUCUCAGAGGUAUGCUUCAACUAAAUAUGGUGUGAAGAUCAGAUCUAAAAGUUUGGAGAAGCUGGUAUCCAUGUAUUCUGGUUUGGCCAAAAUGAAGAUGAAAGGGCUGAACAAUGAUUAUAUAUCUUCUCUAAAAAGGCCAGUAGGGAGACCUAGAAAGCACCCCAUUAUGAGUGAAGUGGCUCUGGACAGAAGUGGUUUGGAUGUGGAUCAACUGAGCUCGAGUAUCACUGAAAAUAAAAUGGUAGCAUCUGUUACCGAAGAAGAGAAUGUUCCUUCCAAAGGAAGUGAGUUUCAUCAAAGUGGAAGGAAGUCGCUUCAGUUUAAUGUGGCUGGCCUUUUUGCCAAAAGUUCCAAGCCAGAAUUGACAGGUGCAGAGUGAAUAGAUGCCACAAGUCAAAAAGUAGUAGGAUGGUCAUGAACUCUCCAGUUUUCUGCUUUCACCUUUUGGACAAACUAUUGAUGAAUCAUGACUUAUGCCACCAUGAGGGUGAGGACACACAAAAGACUUGGUUGAUACCUCUCCAUCUUGUUAACGAAUUCUCACUACAGAUGGAAGUAGUAAGAAAGAUGUGGUCCAGUUUAAAUGCUCUUCUUACCUCAGGAACCAUUCUGUGCAGAGAACUCGACAUACACCAGUUAGAUCAGUAACGACUAUGCCUUCCAGAACAUUGAUCUUUAGAUAGCCUAAUCCACACUUUAAUUUUUAAAAUUAAAUUUUUCCUUUAUAGCCAAAUACUUUUAUCUAGAAAGUCCAUCACCCAACCUUGUUGUGCUUUUGCUCCAUUUCAUUCAUACUGAAAAUUGAGCUGUUUUCCUAUUGAGUACUUGCUUGACCAAUCAUGUGUACCUGCUAAGAGGGUUUUCUACUAGAUCUACUUGCUAGCCAAAUUACAGUGUCUAGGAUUUGAGCAGAUGCAUAAAUAGACUAAGUACAGUAGUAGUGAGUUUAUAUGGGGAACAUCAGUUUUAUAAAAAAAAAAAUUAUUGUCCCUUUUAUAUCUUUGAUAUAGGUAUUGUCUAUAGAAAUAGAAUCUGUUCACCUGUACUUUUGAAGCAAAUAGUCAUAAACAGCCUUACUCAGUAUGAGAUGGACCCAGCUCAUCAACUUGAUAGACCAUGAAAGGAGGAAAUUCCCACAGUGCAAACCUUAAUUGCAUUUCACUGUCUUGAAAGGCAACACAGUCAUACUUCUUUGACUGCUUCAAAAUUGGUUUAUGCUGCUUAUGCUUCCCAGGAUUAAUGUUAUCCUGUUUAAUUUAAUCACUUUCAGGUGUGAUAUUUGAAUUUUUAGUUUCCUUUCAGUUGAUGACUCACUACAUUGUCAUCACAUUACUGUUAAUACUCUCAUUUUAGUUUUCAAUCUUUUCAUGUGAUUUAGGUUUGGUAUAAAAUUCUUGAUUUCAAGUUUUCACCUUGUUUUAAAAUUAGCUGUGUCAAUUUUUGUUUUUGCAUUGGCUCCUUUUGGGUUUUCUUUUCUCAGUAAAUAUUUUGCUUUUUGAUCAGUUUCAGACUCAGCUGUUCAUUAUUGACAUUUUGGUUAGGAUUAAGUGAUUUUGUAUCUUUAUUGUGAACUUCCCUUUUUUGUGAUAGCUUUGUUUGUGGUAUUUUUACUUUGCAUGGAACCAGUGGUUAUCCAGCAACGGGACCAACGGCUUUACCCGACUUCUGGGAAUCAUGUCUCGGCUUGCUGGUAUGGGCAGGGUUAUUAAGUUCUCUCCACUUGAAGUGUAGCACCUGUAGACCCAACAGUGUUAAGUGUGUGUGUGUGUUCCCCCAAAAUGUGUUAGUGUGUGUGGACUGGUCCAUUGAUUAAUGGUUCCUAUACACUCAGUAGUACAUUUAAAAACAUUGUACUUCAGUGCUGCCAUUAGUGAUUCCUUGCUCUCUUCUCAUUGCACCGCCAUCACAGAUGUCAAAUUUUGAAUCUUUUCUUAUGAGGCCGCCUCCUCUGUGGUGCUGCCUGUCCCUGCUGAGAAUGAGCAUUGCGAGUGUCAUCAACCAUCUCCAGUCUCGACAUGCUCCAUCCUCUCACCUUUUCUUACACGGAUGCUCGCCUUUCCACACAUUCCUUUAUUGAUGAAAAAACUUCUUUUUGACAGAAAAGGCUUCCACAGCCAGACUCAAGAUGAAUGUUUUGUCUGUCUUACAAUAUCAGUUCCUUAUUGUAGUCAUUGUUAGUGCUCCCUCCUACUCCUGAGUCAUACAUCGAGACCGCUGUUCCCAUGUAUUUGGUGACUUCCACUUUGGUUAUUCUUACAUUGGCAAGUACCUACUUACCAGUCUGGCUCAAAUUCUGUCCUCAUGCACUUAACUACUCUCUUGUAUUCAACUACUUGCGUUGAAAGGCACCCUUGCACAGUAUAUCUGGUUCCUGGCCAUGGAAAGUGCUUUGCAGUUUUCUUGGUAGCAGGGCCAACAAAAUCACUGAAGGAAUUACUAUGGUUCUACCUAGUCCCAAUCUCCUGAUGUUUUUUAGUCUAAAAAGCUUUGCUGGGGGUUCCUAGUAUUUGAAUUUUCAACAAAAGGAUAUGGUUCUAAGAGGAGAGUCACAGGUAUGUGAACUCAAAGAACAGCAGGUGGUCCUAUGAGAAGUUCUAGUGGCAUUUCAGACACCAGCAGAUGCUCCAAUGAUUCAUUGCCUCCUUGUGGCAGCUGCAAAAGUGGUUCUAGGACCUCCUACAUCUUGUUCUAGUCUCAGGCUUCCUCUGACUUGGGGUGUUUAAAAGCAGCCCCACUCCCACCAGUUUAACAAUCAUUUGGAGUCACUGCAUAUUCAUACAUGUUGAUUAUUGAGGGUAGUCUGAGAGAGAAUAGCUUAUCUGGAAGUGAAGUAGCAGUUGCCAAUAUGUCCCCCUUUCUCCACCAUGAGUUAGACUUAGGCAGUGGUAACAUCAUUUAUUAUCUGUUUUGUCCUUUUCUCUCUUGCAUGGACCACUAUUAAACCUUUUGGGUGGGAUUUUACCUUUGAGUUGCACUGCUUCAUUAUGGCCCCUUGAUGAAGUUGUCAGAUGCUUCCUUCCUGUAUUUGACCCCCAUGAUUAAGUUCCUGAUUGCCCUUGCCUCCUCUGAGCAUGUUAGUUCAGGGUAAAUCAUUGGUCUUUUGUGGAUCUUGCCUUUGCCAUGACUGUGUUUUAGUGAAAGUUCCUUGUUCUUGAGCUCUUUGCUAUUACUGCCUUGCAUUCCUCUCCUAUAAAUGAUCUUCUCUAUAAGAGCCCUCAAGUUGUAAAGUACCUCCAGUGGACAGAAUUCUUCUGGCCUUGUCUGUUCUCUCACCGAGUCCUUAAGAUUUUUGGUGUUCCCAACUUUGUGUAGGUUAGCAUAAUGACUGUCUAUGAACACAGCAAUGAUUCUGUUGUACUACUUUAGUGUAAAAAAAAAAAAAAUAAAUAAAGUGACAAAGUUUGAUAUAUUUGGCAGAUGAAUGAUUUUUCCUCAAGGGUUGGGAAGUGGAUGAUAUCAUUUGACAUCAGAAUCUUAAAUGAUUAAGUGAAAUCUUUUGCGCCUCCUCCUAUCCCCUCAUUUUUUGAGAUGGAGGUUGGCACAGAGGAAUGACAUGUCACUCUCCAGGACAGUGGAAUCUGACUCAGGCAUGCACAACAGAACUGCUUGUCUUUCAAGACUUAUCAUCUUAUUGCAACUGGGUAGUUUUCACACAUACACCUAUUUGUUAUUAAUGGAUUGGAGUAAAACAUGGUUUACUGGUAAGGCAUGAUGUUGCCCCUUGAACGAUGUAAAGGAAAUAUGGUUAUAGAUAUGUCAUGUUUUAUACGGCGUUUUAUCUUUAAGAAAAUUCAAAAAUUUUUUAUAUUAUGCAAGAUUUUCCUAAAGUACAGAAAAAUUUGUACAAAUUUAUGAUAAUUACAGGUAACAAUUUUUUCUGAAAAAAAGUCCAUUAUUACUAUUAAUAUGUUAGAAUUGUAGCAAUAGUCAAUAAAUAGAACCAUGUUUA